AUGUGUCAUGAUAGAUCAAGUUAUGAAACGAAACAAUUUCAACGUGCAAUUAAUUAUCCAAUAAAUAAUUUAAAGUUUUUAAAAAAUGUUUCUAUUCAUUAUCAUAAAAAUUUCUUUCAAACUCGAACAAUAACACCGAUUAAAUGUACUAUUUGUUUUCUAUGGAAUAUUGUUGAUACAUUUGUUUAUGCGAUUAUACCAUUUUUAAUUAUAUUAACAAGUAGUAUAAUAAUUAUAAUUAAAAUAUAUGAAAGACGUCGUUCAAUGGCUAAUUCUGGUGGAAAAUGUCAUAUAAAUCGACGUAUUAUUUCGUCACAAGAUAAUUCAUCAAUACUUUUAAUAGUAAUAAAUUGUCUGUUUUUAAUAAUGACAGGACCUUUUAAUAUGAAUCUUAUAAUUCAAUCAAUAUCAAAUUAUUUUUUUUCAAAAUCAUCAUCAAUAAAAAUUUUCUUACAAUUAAAUCAAUUUUUACGUUUAAUUCAAAAUUCUUAUCAUGCAUUAUCUUUUAUAUUUUAUUGUGUUAUUGGUAAUAAAUUUCGAAGUUCAGCAUUAUCUUUAUGUCGAUUAACUUAUUCAAAAUCAUUUCAAGUUAUUUUUGGACACCAACAAAUUCAAACAUCAAUUAUUUUACGUUGCUUAGAACGAAAACGUAUACAAAGUCUUAUACCCACUACAACAUCAACAAGUACAGAUAGUGAUAAUAAACCUAUAUCUAAUUCAUUAAAUACCAAUUUAAGCAUAAGAAAAUCUUAUAUAACAUAUGGUUCAGUUCAAAAAAGAGUUAAAAUAUUACAUACGGCUGUAUAA